GGAGAGAAGUUGAUAGCGGCGACGGGAGGCGAGGGAUUUCAUGGUGAGUAAGGGAGAGGGGACGGCAAGGACACGAGGGAGGUGGGAGGGAUGAUCUAAACAACAUUUUUCAUUAGAUUUGAGUGAGUAAUGAAAAUAGGACGAUGAUCCAAACUGCUUGAUAGUGUGUUAAGUAUGAAUGCAACUUAUUUGGUGGAUUUAGUGGAGAUUAUGAGUGUGGGAUAAUUUAGUUGAGUCGUUUUUGCAAAGUUUAAACAAGUGAAUUAUACAGUGGUAUAGAGUAUAGAUAAGCGGCACUCAAAUGCAAGCAGGUCCACCUCCAAGCAUACAAAAUAUUACACACAAAAUUCGCAGGCAAAACGUACCGCAAAAUAUUCCAACAUAAAGGGCUAGUUUGGGAAAGAUUUUCAUUUAAAAAAAUCACUUUAUUUUCUCUUAGAAAAAUAGAAAUCUCUUAAAAAUGAAUUCCCAAACUAUCCAAAAAGAAUUGUUUUCCCAACUAGGAGAAGAUUAGACUAUGGAUUAACAAAGCACAUGUUGAGCUGGCAAUGCUAAGCGUGAAAGCACGAGGCAGCACGAACAGGUCUUCAGAAGCUAGUUCAACAUUUCCAAAGUCUUCGUUCCCCUAUAUCUGUCAGUCGUGUUGCUCUCCGCCCCUGGAAUCAUUUCACCGCCUUCUCCAUCCCAUUCUAGCUCCUCUCUCGAAGGCCUUGGCACCUCGUAACAGGGAGUUAUACUUGGACUUGAAGAAUAAUGGCUGGUAAUAAUGGUGGGAAUAUCCCCAAAUUUGGUGAGUGGAAGACCACUGACGGAGGCUCCCCUUAUACCAUGUACUUCGACAAUGCCAGGAAACGAAGGAACAACAGUGGCAUAACAGUUGCCCCUGAGGCAUCUCCAGUUCGCACGAACACUGUCCCAGGUGGCAAGGACGGUGUCAAGCCACUGAACCAACAGGACGGUGCCAACCGCUCACGAAACCAAGCCAAAGCUGCACAAGGUAGCUCAGUGCCAACAUGGGGCCAGUGGAACGAAAGCAACAGCGGGGCAGGCGCACACCAGUAUACGCUUUUCUUCGACCAGCUAAGGGAGGAAAGGAAGAGCGCUCCUCCAACGCCUAGCGUCGAGCAACUACAAAAACCUCAUCAGACUCGACCCACUCAUCGUGAUCUCUAUGACCAUGUACCCAAGGGAUCUAAAUGCUGUGGGUUGUUUUGAGAGAAUAGCCAGCCCGCCCCAAUACAACGCAAAUGUGAUGUGUAAAUGGCAUAGUUGAAUCUCACAUUCUCCAAAUACUUCAAUAUUUGAUCAAGGCCUUAACAGGUUGUCAAGAUGGUAUACAUGGAUCUUGAGACUUUCAACGACCUUAGUAAAAUUUUGAAAGUGGUGAUAAUGAAUGUGUAUUCGCAUGUGCCAAAGAACUGUUUCCGUGGACAAUGAGUAGUUUCAUCAAUCUAUAUCAGCUUGCUAGAAAUUUACAUUUGAUGUAAGCUUUUAUAAUGAUGAAUGUGUCAAGUGAUAAAUGAUGUUGUAUAUACAAUUCCCUUGUUAUGUUUCCUCUCUUAUCAACUUUGUUUUUGCAAACACGUUAAUAUUUUUCUAUCA